UUGGUUCGAAAGUAAUUGUAAUAACACAAUAAGAUAUAAUCUAAAACAAAAUUAGUGAAGUUGAAAGUCGUAUAAAACUAGUCAUCUGAAACAAAAACAGUGACUUUAUCAUCAAGGACAGACUCUUUAUUGGAUUACUUCAACUUUAACGUAAGGAGAAUAAUGGCUAAGGAAAUAUGCGAUCCUGCUAUCAGUGAGUUGUACAAAAUUAAAGAACUGUGCGCAGAAAAGUGUGUUGAUGCGGACAUUCAGAAGGCACUGAGUGAUGCUAUAACUCUUGCAGAGGCGCGGGAUACUUACUGCCAAAGUAUAAGUUCUGGCCCAAGUGAAGCUUUAGCGGCACUACAGAGACAGACACUCGAGUACCCAUUCGAUCAAGCAUAUAAAGACGGGAAGACAAAAAAGAAACUAAAUCAUAGGAUAAUGUCUGGAAAAUUUGAAGGUACAUUCUUACAAAGUAUAGUAAGCAUGUCAAAAGCUAAAAGAGUUUUGGAAAUUGGUAUGUUUACUGGAUAUUCCGCUUUGGCAUGCGCGGAAGUCCUUCCCGAAGACGGGACUGUGACAACGCUGGAGUUUGAUCCAUUCCUAGAGGAGGUGGCUAAAGGCUUUUUUGCCAAAUCACCAUGCGGAAAGAAAAUUUCUAUUCGAAUAGGUGACGCUAAAGAAACUUUACUGAAACUAGCGGAGGAAAAGGCUCAAUAUGAUGUUGUCUUUAUUGACGCUAAUAAGGAUGGUUAUGUUACUUACUUUAAGACAGUGAUCGAAACAAAUCUUCUUGCCAAGGGAGGAACACUGGUUUUUGACAAUGCACUGAUGAAUGGCGGCGCCUAUGAUAUGAGAUCAACCAAUAAAAUUGCACUUGAAGUAAGAAAAUGCAAUGAAUAUUUGAAAUCCAGAAACGAUAUGUUUCGGGUUCUUGUUCCUAUCAGAGACGGCACAUUCAUUGUUAGACGUAAAGAGGACGUCUUCUUAUAGAAACAUACAAGAUGUUAGCUGCAAAUGCAGUGUAACGGGAGCUACAAGAACCGUUGUACAAGGACCAUGCAUUAAUUUACAUUUGAAAAUUUCCAUAAUAAGCAAUAUGAUAUGCUGCUUUGCAGAAAGAAUAAGAAAUUAAAAUGU